AUGUCUUCGACAACCGACACCGACCUACCCCCUUCCGAAAAUGUCGGCCCCCUCCUCAUCGCCCUCUCCGGCGUCCUCAUCUUCUUCGUCAUCGUAACGACCAUCCUCCGCAUGUGGAUCCGCACCGCCCUGCACACCCUCGGCUGGGACGACGCCACCAUGUGCGUCGUGACCGUCAUCGCCAUCAUCCGCUACGGCCUGCAAAUUGUCCAGGUCGUCUCCUACGGCAACGGGAAACACCGGCCUUACGUCGACGAACAGGACUACGUCAUGAACAACCAGCUGGGCUGGUGGGCGCAGAUUUGUCUGUUUUCGGGGAUCUGCGUGUUGAAGCUUUCGAUCAUGUUGUUGAUUCUACGAUUGAAGGAUUCGAAGAACUUGAAGAUUAUUUUGUAUUGUGCUAUGGCGGGCCUGAUCAUUACGAACUUUGGCGUUAUCGUGAUCCUGUUGGCUGAGUGCAGGCCUGUGGGAUAUUGGAGAGGGAAUGGGGAGUGUUGGGAGCCCAAGGUUCGGAUUUACUCGAUUUACUUUACAAUUGCUUACUCCAUUGUGACCGACUUUCUCUGUUCGCUGCUUCCUCUUGUCGUCAUCUGGAAGGUUCGCAUUCCCUUCAAGACAAAGUUCAUGGCCUGGAGCUUGAUGAGCUUGGGUCUGAUUGCUACUGGCUUCGGUAUUGCCCGUGCCGCCUCUCUGGGUAUCAUCACGAAUGAUCUUACAUGGACCUACGCCAUCGCCGCCAUCUGGUCCAACCUCGAAUUCUACCUCGGCAUCAUCGCCGCCAACCUCGCCCUCUCCCGCCAAAUCUACCUCUACUUCUUCCGUGGCGAGACCACCCCCCACGACACCAACUACGGCAACCGAAACCAGUAUCUCCGCUCGUCCUUUUCGAACGGCCCCCGCUCGGCCCAUCGCACCGAUAACUUGCGAGGCGACAAGGUCAUGGACCGCGCCGCCACGCUCAUCGAGGGGAGGAGACGGCCUUCCGUUUCGAGGAGCGAUGGGAGUGAGGUUGAGCUUGAGGCUGGGAUUAGGAAGAAGACAGAGUUUUGGAUUUCGGAGGAGGAAAAUGAGAGUCAUGGUUCGUAUAGUGGUGGUGUCGCUCGAUGA